UCGACCAAGUCCCCAUUUUACGCCAUUUUCUCCUCCUCUCUGCACCGCGUAACGUUGCGUAAGCUUUCGCCGACGCUUGAAAAUCCUCUUGCGUCAAAUUACCUGCAGCGGCCGGAUGUGAUGUGGCUCCCGAGGAGCAAGCCAAAGAUAAACACGUAGCCGGACGGUGAGGGGCGAGGAUAAUACAUGUUACAAAGGGGCUACGGGGAAACGGUCGGAAUGGAGUAGCCUUGAAGAAUCCAGAGAUCUCAACAGCCGAGAGGACAUCCGACACAUUUAGCAUCGAGCGAGUCUUCCGCGGACAUCGAGUCGGUGAGUCCCGCGGAGCCCUGACAGCUGUUAGCUGCACGCUAGCUAACGUUAGCCGGCGCUAGCUAACCAACCAAAGCAUCUGUAGCGGAGUCCAAAAUGGCGCGAGCAGCCUUGGUGACCGCCACCAGUCUGGCUCUGACUGGGGCCGUGGUGGCGCACGCCUACCUCCUCAAACACCAGUUCUACCCCACCGUGGUCUACCUGACCAAGAGCAGCCCCAGCAUGGCGGUGUUGUACAUUCAGGCCUUUGUGUUGGUGUUCCUGCUGGGAAAGUUCAUGAGGAAGGUCUUUUUUGGACAGCUACGGGCUGCAGAAAUGGAGCAUCUCAUCGAGCGCUCGUGGUACGCUGUGACCGAGACGUGCCUGGCCUUCACUGUGUUCAGGGACGACUUCUCCCCUCGCUUUGUCGCCCUCUUCACUCUCCUGCUCUUCCUCAAGUGCUUUCACUGGCUGGCUGAGGACCGGGUGGACUUUAUGGAACGGAGUCCAAACAUAUCUUGGAUUUUUCACUUCAGAGUAUUGUCUCUCAUGGGACUGCUGGCUGUGCUGGACUUCCUGUUUGUCAACCACGCCUGUCACAGCAUCAUCAUCCGAGGCGCCUCGGUCCAGCUGGUAUUUGGAUUUGAGUACGCCAUCCUGAUUACGAUGGUGCUGACGACCUUCAUUAAGUACAUUCUGCACACCGUCGACCUGCAGAGCGAGAACCCCUGGGACAACAAGGCGGUGUACAUGCUCUACACCGAGCUGUUCACAGGUUUCAUCAAAGUGCUGCUCUACAUUGCCUUCAUGACCAUCAUGAUAAAGGUCCACACCUUCCCCCUGUUUGCCAUCCGGCCCAUGUAUCUGGCCAUGAGGCAGUUCAAGAAAGCUGUAACGGAUGCCAUAAUGUCCCGGAGAGCAAUCCGCAACAUGAAUACUCUAUACCCCGAUGCUACUCCUGAAGAUCUGCAGGCUUCUGACAACGUCUGUAUCAUCUGUCGAGAGGAAAUGGUCACCGGGGCCAAGAAACUGCCCUGUAAUCACAUUUUCCACUCCAGCUGCCUGCGCUCCUGGUUCCAGAGGCAGCAGACUUGCCCGACCUGUCGCAUGGACGUCCUCCGCGCGUCCAACAACAAUCAGGCGCCGGCCCCGGCCCCGGCCCAAGCCCCGGCUCCUGCGGCCCCCGCCAACGCCCCAGCCGCCCCGCCCGCCAACGUGGCCCCAGGCAUGUUACCCGGCUUCCCGCCAGGCAUCUUCCCCUUCUGGGGUCCCUUCCCCGGGGUGCCGCCCCCCCCUGCCGCAGCAGCUCCAGGUGGCGCUGAUGCGCCGCAGAGCAGCACGCAGGCAGCCGGCACCAGCCAGGCCACCUUGUCGCCUGCAGACGCCGCACCUCCAGGUUCAACGAUGCCUGGCUUCCCCUUCUCCUUCCCCCCUCCCCCCUUCCCCACUGCACCAUGGCUGAUGCCUCCCCCUCCUCCCUUCGUGUCGUCCAUGCCGCCGCCCCCUCCCUCUCUGUCGCGGCUGUCCGAGGAGGAGCUGAGGGAGCUGGAGGCAGAGGGCCGGCGGGGCCUCGAGGCCCGACUCCAGUGUCUCCAGAACAUUCACACCCUGCUGGACGCCGCCAUGCUCAACAUCCACCACUACCUCAGCACCGUCACCACACUCGCUCCUCCGCGGGCUGACGGCGGUGCCGGAGCAGCGAGCAGGACAAACGACGGCGCCUCCGCAGCCGGCAGCAGUGCGGAAAGUCUCGGCCAAGAGAAGGAGUCUGCCAGCUCGUCCAGCAGCGAGCAGGUGGACGGAGCGGCCGCCUCCCCUCAGCCAGCUGACUCCACUUCCACCACCUCGGACACGGAGCAAAAAGAAGAGCUGGACGAAGGAGGGGUGGGGGGAGAAGACGGAGAGCCCAACGCCGCCGAGCUGAGGCGCCGCCGCCUCCGAAAGCUGGAGACGUCGACAUCGCCGCCUCCCGACAACUGAUCCGUCGCACUGCGACUCGUGACACGCGGCGCCCUGGACCGGCAGAAACUCUGAGCCAAUAGACCGUUGCUUUGGUUCGUCGCCGCCUCCUCCUCGGUCCCCAGGCUGUCGCCGGGUUGGAAUUGGGCUGCCAGGGAGACGCGGGACCGCUCCCCCUGCACCGUUUCUGUGUCAGAAAAGCAAUAGCACGACUCCUGUUUUUAGUUUUAUCACCACCUUUCUCCUCCACGUCAGAACGAUUACUGCAAUAAGAGUGCUGCAGGUGUUUGUUCAGUUUAUUCAGGCGGCGGAGGGAUUUCAAACCCAUCAAUUUGGUCAGUGUGGUGGAGGCGGCGUGCAGUUACGCUAGUUUUACUGCCACACUUUUUGAGUUUUGUUUUAAUUGGGUUUCCUCGGGGAAGAACGUGUGGCCGCGUUCACAUGUCACACAGCACCUGGAUCUGUGUCACCUCCAGAGAAUUCAAACGGACAAAGGUUGAUCAGCGGUUUUGGUUCGUUUUUUUCGUUUUUUUUCUUUAAGGUUCAUCACUCUUUCGCUGAAUUUGAAUGUGUACAUACUGUAUAAAGAGUUUUAAUAGGAUGAUCUGUACAUAAUGCAGAAUAAACUGUUUGACUGAUUGGUUGUGGCACAACAUGUACGAUGUGUGUGAGUGGUUCUGCAGCAGAGUUUUUAAUUUUGCCAUUCAUUUAGAAAUGAAAACUCCGUCACUCAUUUGUAUGUACAAACAUCUAGUACAUAAACAUUAGUUUAUCCAGUAAUUUUCUAGAAAUGUUAUGGAAUAAAUUGCUGUGUGCUCUUGCCAGAAAAGCUAAACUCAAAUACCAACCCAGUCCUUCUCAGAUUAUAUCUGCUGUUCUAAACGUAAAAGCAGAUAUUGUAACGCUUUAACUAGUAGAUGUGUAUUUUUGUAUUUAUUGGAAAACCUGAUUUUGUUCGUAUGUGUUUUACAAAUCUUUUAAAAUAAUGUUCCGUUGUCCAAACAAAUCCCUUUCCACAUAAUUAAUACAAAAUGACGUUCAGCCGUAGAUGAUUUAGGAAUGUAAGACCUGUAAAAUAAAGGGUAACCCAGAAGAUCUUCACUGAUGAAUAAAAUGAUGCCUUGAACAGUA